GAACAUUUUGGUUCCCAGGAACGAUCACAUUCGGUUAUUUACUGUAACUUGCAGUGACAGGGCAAGGUCCAGGAGGACAGGCCUUUUCAUUCUUGGCUUGUCAAGACCUUCCAAAGCUCUUCUGGCACCUGGAGAACCGCACAGCAGUCUGGAGCUUACCCUGCAGGAGCAUAGCCAUGGUGCUCUGGGGUCCAGUGCUAGGAGUCCUGCUGGUGGUUAUUGCAGGGUACCUGUGCCUACCGGGGCUGUUUCGACAGCAGAGGCCCCACGAGCCACCUCUGGAUAAGGGGCCCUGGCCCUGGCUGGGCCAUGUCAUACCCUUCCGGAAAAAUAUGUUUGAAUUCUUGAAGCACAUGCGAGCCAAGCACGGGGAUGUGUUCACUGUGCAGCUAGGGGGCCAGUACUUCACCUUUGUCAUGGAUCCCCUUUCCUUCGGCCCCAUCCUCAAGGAUGUGGAAAGAAAACUGGACUUCGUGCAGUAUGCAGAAGAGCUGGUGCUGAAGGUAUUUGGGUACAGUGCAGGGCAGGGGGACCACCAGAUGAUCCGCUCAGCCAGCACUAAGUAUCUGAUGGGGGAUGGCUUGAAGGAUCUCAAUAAGGCCAUGCUGAACUGCCUGUCCUUGGUGAUGCUGGGGCCCACCGGCCGGAGUCGAGGUGCUGACCGCUGGCAGGAGGACAGCCUCUUUCACUUCUGCUAUCGCAUUUUGUUCAAGGCUGGCUUCCUGAGCUUGUUUGGCUGCACAGAGGACAAGGAGCAGGACCUGCUGCAGGCCGAGGAGCUAUUCGUGCAGUUCCGCAAGUUCGACCUUCUCUUCCCUCGGUUUGUCUACUCCCUGCUGUGGCCCCGGGAGUGGCUAGCUGUGGGCCAACUCCAGCAGCUCUUUCACAAGAUGCUGUCUGUGGAACACUUCCCAGAGAGGGACGGUGUAAGCAGCUGGAUACACUACAUGCUUCGGCAUCUGAGAGAGGGGGGCGUCACCCCAGCUAUGCAGGACAAGUUCAACUUCAUGAUGCUGUGGGCCUCCCAGGGGAACACAGGGCCUACCUCAUUCUGGGCCCUCUUGUUCCUCUUGAAGCACCCAGAAGCCAUGCAGGCUGUGAGGGAAGAGGCCACUCAGGUCUUGCGUGAGGCCAGGCUAGAGGCCAACCAGUACUUUGUCUUCGAAUUGAGUGCCUUGCAAUGCACUCCAGUGCUGGACAGUGUGAUCCAGGAGACGCUGCGCCUGGGGGCAGCCCCCACCCUCUACAGGAGAGUGCACGAAGACUACACCCUGAAGACGGCCAGUGAGAAGGAGUACCUGUUCCGCCAUGGAGACGUCGUGGCCCUCUUCCCCUACCUCUCCGUGCACAUGGACCCUGAAAUCCACCCCGACCCCACUGCCUUCAAGUACAAUCGCUUCCUCAACCCCAAUGGCAGCCGAAAAGUGGAUUUCUACAAGGCGGGCAAGAAGAUCCACCACUACACCAUGCCUUGGGGCGCAGGAGUCUCCGUCUGCCCGGGGAGGUUCUUUGCCUUCAGUGAGAUGAAGCUGUUUGUCCUACUCAUGGUCAGAUACUUUGACCUGGAGCUGGUGGAUCCUGACACUCCCGUGCCCCCUAUGGACCCGCAGCGCUGGGGUUUUGGCACCAUCCAACCCAGCCACAGUGUGCGUUUUCGCUACCGCCUCCAGCCUACGGAGUGAGCUCAGUCAGUCCAGCUGCUGGCCUGGCCAGAGGGGCUUGCUUGGGAUCUCCUACCUCCUCUCACCCCUCUGCAGCCACAGUCCCCCACUGACUGGCCCUCCCUCUGGUUCUGAGGCACCCUCUACCUCUGUUCUGAUUGUUUCUUACGCCCUGACCUCCUUGUCAUCUCUCUUUAAAGCAUCAUCUCUCCUGAGAAGUUUUGCAGAACCCUCCUCCCUCAGGAAGUCCAGUGGAAGGGGAAUCUGUGGGCAAUUCAGUUUUGGAGAUGCUGUCUGCCUCGAGCAGUCCUGCUGUGUAGAGACUUGUUUCCGUGAGUAACGUGGCAUCUGUCACAUGCGAGCCGUCACCCUCCUACCCCGUUGUGUUUUCUCCCCAAUAAUGUUCCAUCCUGUAGAAUUGAGGUUCUAGAACAGUGUCAUCCAGUAGAAAUUUGAGCGAGUCAGGGGCAUCAUCUUUCAUUUCCUAGGACACGCAUUUUAAAAAGCCAAAAGAAACAUGAAAUUCAUUUGUAGAAUGUAUUCGACUUAACCCGGUAGAGCCAAAAUGUUAGCAUUUCAACACACAAUCAAUUUAAAGCAUAUUAGUGACAUAUUUGUACAAUCUUUUUUCCACCCUGUUGGAAUCAGGAAUGUACUUUAUUCUUACAGUACUUCUUGGUUCAGACUAGCCACCUCCCAUAGGCUCAUUAACCCCAAGUGGCUAGGCGCUCCCACACUAAAGAGCCCAGGUUCAGAGAAAUGCAGCCUUUGGUAUUGGAGUGAUGUAAGGUCCCAUCUCGGUGUCCUUGUCUCCUUUCUGUUCUCCCCCCUUGGGGUGGUCUUGGCCCUCCCUUGGUUUCCACAACCACUGCUGAGCUCAGAGCUUUCACCUACCCCCCUCCUGCUCUCUGCAUGGGAGUCUCGUAACACCUCUGACUCAGCUUGACCCAUGCACAACUUAGCCUCUGCCCUGAGUCACUCUGUCCUCCUGAUUUCCCUGCCUCUCCCUGCUCAGCACACUGUCACCCACCAGGCUCCCCGUGGGAGAUCCAGAGGCGCCUUCUCCUCCUCCUCUCUCCUGUCAGCUCAGCCCCCUCUGAAAGUGUCCACCCUGACCUGACUGCCAUUCUUACACCUGUGCCCUCUACACUCCUGUCCAUCCAGGCCUUUCAGGCCCUCUGUUCACACUGCUACCAGAGGUGUCUUUUCAAAAGUGUAUUCAUUCAUGUUUCACAUGCGAGAGAGAAAGAGAGAGAGAGAUAGGCAGCACCCCCAGUAGACAGGGUCUCCAUGCCACAAUCUGCCCCAGCCCCAGCCAGCUGAGAUCGAAGGCAUUCAUGCUGGACAUGCUCAGAGAGGCCUCAUGACCUUUCCUUUUUCCCUACAUUGGUCCAGUUGCACCACCGCCAUCACAGUUCAGCUUUGCCAACUUUCUCCAAUAGAACCACCCCUAAAGUAGAGGCAGUGCUUGUACUACCAGCCCCAGUGCUACUACUCCUGGAAGCCUUCCUGGAUUUUGCUCACCCCACCCUCUCGCCAGAAAUGGCCUCCACCCUGGAGCUCCCCCAGUACUGGAUGGAUCCCAACACCUGUUAUGUGUGAUUGCUUCCUGCCUUUUUGUUUUUUCCUCCUGCUCCCUGCCCCAGACUGGGGCAUGUUCUCUUAUUCAUCCAUCUCUGACCCCCAAGUCUCUAAACGUGGAUUAAAUUGUGGAAACCUGA